AUGUCCGCAUUUGUCACCAACUUAGAUUUAUACGUUGCUCUUAAAUCUGGAGGUGGUUCAAAAAAUAUUGAUUUUCUUUUUAAAACUCUUACCGAACGCAUUGGUGUUGAAUUAUCUUCCGAAGAUUUAAGUAUUAUUAAAUUAUAUUGUCGUAAUUUUUCAAGUAAUGUCUCAAAAAGAUGGUCUGCUUCUAGCCGAACCCAAAAAACGUUUUUGAACAAAAAUUCACACUGGUUAGAGUCUGAAAUCGUUUGGCCAAAAUGUAAGAAUAUUGAUUUAAACAACAUUUUCAGAGUUACCGAGGAAGAAGUUCCAAUCAUUGA